GGGUUUAUAGGGAGAGGGACAAACGGGCUUCCCCCAAAUCUUUGCUCACGGGUCCCGCGCCAGGAGCUCGGCAUUGUGGCCCGGUCUAUUAUCCGCCUGUUCUUGGAAACAGCGUCAGAGAGCAGCUGAGAGAGGCUUAACAUUUCAAACGUCUGGCGGUAGGCUGCAAAGUUUCCACCUUGAAAACUCUGUCAUGUAUCAGCAAGCUGGAGCAGGACACCACACCUCACGGCUUGGUGUUCAAUAGGAUCUAGUUUGCUGCAAAGUUGUGGCGCACAGCCUCUCUUAGCCCGGAAUCUCACUCUUAAUGCGUCGUUUUGGUUUAAGUCUACGGAAGGUGAUUUAUUUAUGUUAGGAGAACCUGUUGUAUACCAUUUGUGUUAUGUUUCAGUGCGGCAGAGUUGAAAUUGUUAUUUUUCUACGUUUAAAAUGCGUGCGUAAAACAGCCCAACUACUGUUAUAUCAGCUCUCCUGACUUUUUAGCAGGCGACGAGCGUUUUGGCAGACAGUUCAUUUCGAAGAGUAAUUCUACUUUAAUAAUUAAUUACCAUAGUUACGUUUGCUCAGUUGUAUCUUGAUUUAAAAUCCAUUUAAUCUUGUGCGUAAAAGUCUGGUCAGCGUUAGCAGCCACGUUGCAUCACGGAUUAAAAGUGAGAUUCCGGUGUUAUUAGUCAUAGAUGUCCUCUCAGCAAGAAGGAGGCCCGCAGCUGGAGACCACAGCAAAACUUGACGAUGUACUAAAAUCCGAAGAAAUUGUUGACGUGACAAGUCCUGACGGAUGCGCUGGGCAAUGCGGCCGCCGCGGGGACGGAGGGGAGAAUAAAGUGGCCCCGUCUCCAGAGCGCCACCAGCACAAACCACGCAAGAUGACCCGGAGCCCCAAAUGCGCCCGCUGUCGGAACCACGGCGUCGUUUCGUGUUUGAAAGGCCACAAACGCUUCUGCCGCUGGAGGGACUGUCGCUGUGCCUGCUGCCUGCUGGUGGUGGAGAGGCAGCGCGUCAUGGCAGCGCAGGUCGCUUUGAGGAGGCAGCAAGCUGCGGAGGUGAGGAGAGCACAAGGGCAGGGUAAGAAGGGGGUCAGGUGUGCAGGUCCGUUGCGGAGGACGGCAUAUCAGCGUUACAGCAGAGCAGCCGAACCGAGCAUACUGGCUAAGAGCAUCCUGCAGGGGCUCAAACCAGUGGCGCCGCCGCUGGAGGACAACACCUCCUCCUGGUCAAAGCACACACAGCGCGACCAUACACACGCCACGUGUCCCCCGAUAAGCGCUCGGAUGAGGAAGAGGCGAGCCUUCGCAGACAAGGAGCUGGAGAACGUGAUGCUGGAGCGGGAGCUGAGACAGAGAGAGCUGCAGAGCGACCUUUCCUUCUCUUCCUCUUCCGCCCUCGUCCCCAUGCUUCACCCUCCGCCCCUACCUGUCUCCCCAAGCCUCCACUGCUGUCUUCUCAGCAAGAACCCCACUGCUGCAGGGACGCCCAGUUACAUGCCUGUGUAUAAAUAUAAGCCUCUCUAUGAGUGUGACUUCCAGUUCUAUCAGUUCUUCCACCUAAAAAGUAGGUCUUCCGCAGACGACUAUAAUGACUUCUUAAGCCAAAGCUCAGAGCAAACCAGGGAGGGUGAGGAGGUGCAGAACAGCUGGAAAGACUGUGAGAAGAAAGACAGACCAGAGUUGAUGUCUCUACCAUCACAACAAAGACUCAAACAUUAUGGCAGCACCUUGUCAGGUCUAGACCUUGUCAAAUCCCACUCAAAAGCAACAGAAAUAAUGGACUCAAAUGGCUCUUCAACCAUCUCACGCUCUAUUUUUGGAACAGAUCAGGGUAUCCCGAGCGGGCCAGACGUCAGUGCACCCAGCAGGACUUUUGAUCCCAGGCCUCUGACAGCUAAGGGCUGGUGCUCAGACACUCCUGCCGACCAGGCAGGUCCACAUGCCGACUCUGUCAAGAGCCCUCAUGGCAGCUCAGUCAGGACUCCCACUGUGAGGCCAUUACCUUUCUCUGUGGAGGCUCUACUGAGGGCCUGACAGGCAAAUUGAACGCAGCAUAGUGCACUUUGUUUAUGUGCGGACUAUGAAUUCAUGUUGAUUGAAUAAAUAUAAAAACUGCUAGCUGUAUUACCGGUUGAAACUCCUCUUGACAAGGGCUGAUUGCUUUAAAGUGAAAUAUUUAUGAACCAUUUCCAGAACACGAAUUAGUCUUUAUAUUGUUUUCUUAUUUUCAUAUAAAUGUAUUUCGCUAUAUUUUAACUAUAAUU